AUGGACUUUUCAUACAACAACCUGCUGGCCCUCGCAGCCAAGAUCAACAAUUGUCGCAAGACAAUUGAGCAACACGUCGCCGAUAUUGGCGUUUCCAAGCACGUCACGGCGCGGGGGCCAGCAGCCUUCAAUAAUACGGUUAGAGAAGGCGUCGAGUACAAGGCUCAGCUGAAUCAAGCUUUCGGCUUUCGGAGCGUUGCCAGCCUCCCACAGCCAUUAUCACAGGAUGUUGCGGGCGCCCUCGGCUACAACUUCCCGCGCCAUAUCCCGUCGAUUGGUGCCAUAACAUCAGCAAAGAGAUCAGGUCCUAGAAGGGCGUCGACUAUUGCCCCCGUUGACGGGACCAAGAAGAAACCCGCUGCCAGGCUGUCGCAAAGUUUCUUCAGUCAGCAUAUCAAGGAGCUUUGCCCAGCCAAAGCUGGGCCGAGAAAGGACCAUCCUAAAAUCACCGCCAGUGGCGACACUAGGCAGUUCCUUGAAGUGUCGCGGACUGGGGAACAUCUCCCGGUCCAAGAACAGGUCAUGACCAAGACGCCAGAGGAACUGUUCGCCUACCAGGCAUCUUCAUGGACCAAAGAAAAAGAUGUCAACUGGACCAGGGUCUACAGAAAGCUGCAACGAACCACAGCGAAACAUGGAGGACUCACGGAGGAUGAAUUCAGAUACUACCUCACCAUCGUUUACAAAGGCAAGCGGGUAUUCUUCCCAUACCAUGUACUUUAAACAACGACGAAAUUCUGCAACGAGCAUGCCGUCAAGGCCGGGCUCGGCGAGGGCCUCGAUGGCUUCAAGGUCAUUUACGGACUCGCGGCCAUAAUGAGCCAACGCAUCAAAGAGGCCAGGCUCUAG